UUAGAGUUCUGUCCAAAAAGAAAAGAGUUGUGUGUUAAUUUGAAGGGUAUUUCCGUCAAUUCCUUCAAAUGUUAUACGGAUGAAAAACCCUUCUUCAUCUGAUUGACGCCGUCCGUGUCUCUCUGCUCUAUCCGGACGUUGUUUCUGUUUCUCUCCGGCAAAGCCAUCACAGAGUAACUCAAAGAGACUUCGAAGAUCAUGGCUUCAAGGAGGUUAAUUGCAUUCAAGAAAUGGAUGAAAGCAAACGGAGUCGAUUGCAGCGACGCUCUCGACCUCCUCGAGGACCAAAACGACGCCGUAUCCGUCAAAGCCUCACGUGACUUGAAGGAAGGAGACGUCGUCGCCAACAUCUCCAAAACUGCUUGUCUCACCGUUAAAACCAGCGGGGCUCGUGAGAUGAUCGAAUCCGCUGAGUUAGAUGGACCUUUAGCUCUCUCAGUGGCUAUCAUGUACGAGAGAGGCUUGGGCGAAGAGUCUCCAUGGGCUGGUUACCUUCAGAUCCUUCCUUUCCAAGAAGAUUUGCCUCUUGUCUGGCCCCUUGAGGACUUGGACUCUCUCUUGUCUGGAACUGAGAUUCACAAGGAUGUGAAGAAAGACCAUGGUCUUGUUUAUGAGGAUUGGGAAGAGAACAUUGUGCCACUUACCUCUUUACUGCCUGAGAAUGUUGAUCCUGGUUCGUUUGGAAUCAAAGAGUAUCUUGCGGCCAAGAGCCUAAUUGCGUCACGGUCUUUUGAAAUCGAUGACUACCAUGGAUGGGGGAUGGUCCCUCUUGCAGAUCUCUUCAAUCAUAAAACCGGGGAGGAAGAUGUUCAUUUCACCGCUGAGUUACCUCACAGUGAAUCUGAUUCCGAAGCUGAUGAAACUGACAACAGUGAUGCCACUGAUGAAGACGAGCCUUCCAGUAAAAACUCUUCCUCCCCUGAGCAAUCUCUGGAGGGUGAAAACACUGACGAAGAAGCCAAAGAACAAGAAGAGGAAGAAGACUCUUCCGUGUUGCAAGACGAUGUAUCCAGUUUAGAAAUGAUCAUGGUGAAGAACGUCCCAGCUGGAGCCGAGGUAUACAACACAUACGGUUUGAUAGGUAACGCAGCGUUACUCCACAGAUACGGAUUCACAGAACUCGACAAUCUCUACAACAUUGUAAACAUAGAUCUCGACCUAGUAACCGAGUGGAGCACAUCCUCAUUCACAACCCUGUACACUCGAGCCAGACUCUCCUUGUUUAAAAAGCUAGGCUACAACUCAGAGUACUUCGAGGUUUCUCCAACCGGAGAACCCGAAACCGAGCUCCUCAUGCUACUCAACAUCCUCCUCUUACCAGACGACACAUACAACAAACUCGACCAAACAGGAGAUUGUGUGUCUAAAGAAGGAAGAGAGAUAACCAUAGGGAAACACAAGGUCGUGUUUGGAGAGAGUUGCAGGAGCGACGUGCUUCUCACGGAUGGUGUCUGUGAGGCUCUUCUUGCUAUUGUGGAUAAGAGAGAGAGUUUGUAUGGGACGUCGAGUUCUUUGGAGGAUGAUGUUGUUAGGGUGGAGAGCUGUGUUCUCCCGAGAGACAGGAGGUUGUAUCAUUCCCUUGUGUUGCGUGUGAGUGAGAGGAGGAUUCUUGAGAAGCUUAGGAGUAAUGUUCGUGAGAGACUCGGUGAGGUCUCCGGCGGGAAACGCCGGAAGAAGAUGAACUCUUUAAAAUCUUAGCACGUGCGUAAUUUACUUUCUUGAAAGUUUCAGUUUUAGUCCUCCAAGUUUUGAUUUUAUUUCAAUUUGUUCCCGUAACAUUGAAUUUUAUCUGCAAGAGCUUCUUUUUGUCCUAUUUAUA